AUGAUAGUAUCGAGCAUACCACAAUUUACUGACACCAAGGUUUCACUAGCCUUGUUUGAACAAGUUAGAAAUGCUGAAGAAAUACGCUCUAACAUGAGCGAAUUGUCGACAUCCUUUGCAUUUAUUGACCCCAAAUUAAUCUGUUCGGAGGAGCAGAUGUAUUCUGCAAUUUACAAGACCUUAAUAGAAGUGAAGUAUAAUAAAAUGAGAACAAGAAAUUUGAACUCAGAGUGCGUACUAUGUCUCUCACCCACUUCCAAUAUUAGUGAUGCUUUCCAAAAAUUUGGAAUCAAGGACGAUUCAUCACAGUUAAUAUGCCUUAAGUUCCAUACUGGCACUGAUAGCGUAGACAAAGGGGAAUUGAACACAAUUCUAUCUUCCAUAGUAAAAGGGCUAGAGAUCGAAUUUAAUAAUGAUAAUUUAUCAAGAUUUUAUGACGAAGCGCUCAUAAGAAAAAUCUAUAAAUUGAGUGAUGAUUUCAAGCCCCAAGACGUGAAUAGUCUCUCAAGAGCUUUAGUAGACGCCAUCCAACUGAGGGGCGUGUAG